AUGUCACAAACCAACCUCCCCGGGUCCGAUAUCAAGCCAUGGACCCGCCCCGCGCCAAAGGGAUACAAGUUCACCAACGCCAACAUCGUGGACAUUGAAUCCGCCACAAUCAAAGAGAACUCAACGCUAGUAACAAUCGAGGGUAAAAUAGCCUACGUCGGCUCAAAUCCACCCGAGUCCGUACUAGCAGCCGACUUCGAAACAGUGGACUGCCAAGGCAAAUACCUCUGCCCAGGUCUCUUCGACGCGCACGUCCAUCUAUGUGCAGUCCCUGGCUUCACAGAUUUAUCCAAAGCCUUCGGUAACCCGAAUGAUGUACACCUCCUGCGACAGCCAUACACGGCAUCGCAGAUGCUACACCGCGGUUUCACCAGCAUACGCGACUGUGGCGGUGCGCAACUUGCCCUGAAAGAAGCCAUCGAGGACGGCGUCUUUCCAGGACCUCGACUUUUCCUUUCUGGCCAUGCGCUGUCCCAAUUUGGAGGACAUGGUGAUCUGCGCGGAUCGCAUGAAGCUACUGGCUGCUGUGGCGGUACCCAUAGCAACAACCAUCUCGGUCGGAUGUGCAACGGCGUACCGGAAUGCAUGUCUGCUGUUCGCGAAGAGAUUCGUUGUGGUGCUGAUUUCAUUAAGAUCAUGGGUUCUGGCGGUGUGGCUUCUCCCACGGAUAAGCUGGAACAUCUUCAAUUUACCGCUGCGGAGAUCCAGGCUAUGGUGGAAUGUGCCGAUAAUGCUGGGACUUUCGUCACGGCUCAUGCGUACACCGUCAAGGCUAUUCGGCACUGUAUCGAUAAUGGGGUUCGCGGCAUUGAGCAUGGAAACUUCGUUGACCCGCCUACCGCGAAGAUCAUGGCUGAGAAGGGUAUCUAUUUGACACCUACACUUAUCGCGUAUGCCCAAAUGGCAUCGGAGAAAUGGAAGCAUUAUCUGCCUAUUGAAUCCCAAACGAAGAAUCAGGUUGUGCUGAAAUCUGGGCUUGACGCUUUGCGAGUUGCUUCGGAGGCUGGUGUCACUAUGUGUUAUGGGUCUGAUUUGCUAGGACCAUUGGGAUCAGCACAGACGCAUGAAUUUGCUUUGCGAUCGCAGGUUCUAACGCCUAUUGAGGUCCUGCGCAGUGCCACUAUUAACCCGGCGAAGAUGAUGGGUUGGGAGGAUGCUAUUGGUCAGAUUAAGGAGGGCUUCUAUGCUGAUAUUGUGGUUCUGAAUAAGAAUCCGCUGGAGGAUGUUACUGUUUUUGAUAGACCUGACGAACAUGUUCUUGGGGUUAUGAAGGAUGGUCGUGUUUACAAGAGCAGAUGGAAUGCGCUGCUUGAGAAUGGUCAGAUUCCUGUUCGAGUUCAAUGA